AUGAGGGCGUCUCAGAAUAUGCGGGUACAGGACUCUGGACUCAGUGGAGGAAGGCGUGUGGAAGACAUCUCAUCUCUGGUGGAGGGACUACGACAGUAUCUCGGCAGAUUUCACACCACAAAAUGCAAGUCGGGACGUGUAGGUUUGGAGGUUGAGUGUCUGUGGAGAGGUAGACGACGUACACAAGCACCUCAUUCCCUAAAGCUUUUGUAG